AAGAAAAAAAGAUAUUAAAUAAUGUAUAGAAAGUAGUUAGAAACAGUAUUUUGACCUUAAAAGAAAAGAGAAAUACAACACCAUUUUCACAAGUACUACCAAUACCAUGAAAGAAGGGACAAAAGCUUCUGUUUCAGAUUUGCUCUUAAUUAAAGGGUUGGUUCAUUCUUAUGCACUGCUGUAAUGAAGAUUAUUGAUAUGCUGCUAAUUGAUUAUGAUUAUGCAUAUUCCGGAAGUGGUUGAUGUUUGUGGAAAUGAACUUGCUGUUUCUUCUAUUGUUACUUUUGGUUUGUGUGUGUUCUUUUGCACUUCCUCAGCUUGAUUUACAAGAAGAUGCACUAUAUGCAUUGAAGUUAUCUCUGAAUGCUUCACCCAACCAGCUUACUAACUGGAACAAAAAUCAAGUAAACCCUUGUACUUGGUCCAAUGUUUACUGCGACCAGAACAGCAAUGUUGUUCAAGUUUCGCUAGCAUUUAUGGGAUUCGCUGGAUCCUUGACACCUAGAAUAGGAGCUCUAAAAAGUCUUACAACUCUUUCUUUACAGGGGAAUAACAUCAUUGGAGACAUACCAAAAGAAUUUGGAAAUCUUACAAGCUUAGUGAGAUUGGAUCUGGAAAACAACAAAUUAACCGGUGAAAUACCAUCUUCCCUUGGUAAUCUUAAAAAGCUUCAAUUCUUGACAUUAAGUCAAAAUAAUCUUAACGGGACAAUUCCAGAAUCACUUGGCAGUCUCCCAAACUUGAUCAACAUUCUGAUAGAUUCAAAUGAACUUAACGGACAGAUUCCAGAGCAGUUAUUCAACGUUCCUAAGUUCAAUUUCACUGGAAAUAAGUUGAAUUGUGGUGCGAGUUAUCAGCAUCUUUGCACAUCUGAUAAUGCAAAUCAAGGUUCAUCACACAAACCAAAAGUAGGCCUCAUUGUUGGAACAGUUGUAGGUUCAAUUCUUAUUCUUUUUCUUGGUAGCCUGCUGUUUUUCUGGUGCAAAGGGCACAGGCGUGAUGUUUUUGUAGAUGUUGCAGGUGAAGUUGAUCGGCGAAUUACACUUGGUCAAAUAAAAAGUUUUUCCUGGAGAGAACUACAGGUAGCUACAGACAACUUCAGUGAGAAGAAUGUUUUAGGACAGGGAGGCUUUGGUAAGGUUUAUAAAGGUGUUUUAGUUGAUGGGACAAAAAUUGCUGUCAAAAGGCUAACUGAUUAUGAAAGUCCUGGGGGUGAUCAAGCUUUCCAGCGCGAAGUUGAAAUGAUAAGCGUAGCUGUCCAUAGGAACCUGUUACGGCUCAUUGGGUUUUGCACUACUCCAACCGAACGCCUCUUAGUAUAUCCCUUCAUGCAGAACUUAAGUGUUGCCUCUCGACUAAGAGAGCUCAAACCUGGGGAAUCCAUUUUGAAUUGGGAUACAAGAAAACGAGUUGCUAUUGGAACAGCCCGUGGCCUUGAAUAUCUUCAUGAACAAUGCGAUCCUAAAAUUAUUCAUAGGGAUGUAAAGGCAGCCAAUAUUUUACUAGAUGGAGAUUUUGAAGCAGUCGUUGGUGACUUUGGUUUGGCAAAAUUGGUUGAUGUUCGAAGGACUAAUGUGACGACUCAAAUUCGUGGGACAAUGGGUCAUAUAGCUCCCGAAUACCUGUCUACUGGAAAACCUUCAGAAAAGACAGAUGUUUUUAGUUAUGGGAUUAUGCUUUUGGAGCUUGUUACAGGUCAACGUGCAAUUGACUUUUCACGUUUGGAAGAUGAAGAUGAUGUGUUAUUGCUUGACCAUGUGAAGAAGCUACAAAGGGAUAAAAGAUUGGAUGCUAUUGUUGAUAGCAACCUUAAUAAAAACUACAACAUAGAAGAAGUUGAAAUGAUAGUACAAGUUGCAUUACUGUGCACACAAGCAACACCAGAGGAUCGUCCGGCAAUGUCAGAGGUUGUAAGAAUGUUGGAGGGAGAAGGGCUGUCCGAAAGGUGGGAAGAAUGGCAGCACGUGGAGGUUACUCGUAGACAAGACUCCGAGAGACUGCAAAGAAGAUUUGCGUGGGGAGAUGAUUCAAUUCAUAACCAAGAUGCGAUCGAGUUGUCUGGUGGACGAUGAGAGUUGGGAACCAUAAAAUUAUAUCAUCAUUUUUUUAGUGUUGCGUCACAAAUAUCCCCUUUCAACCUGUUUAAUUUAUUCCGAGGAAAAAUGUAGGGUUAGUAAUCUUCAUAUGUUCCGAUGAUUUUCUUUCUUUUUUUCAAUAGUUGGAAAAAUGUUAAGACAGACCAUACCAGAUUGGAUCCAUGGAUGGAUCAAUAGUAUACUCAAGAUAGAUGAUUUUAAGAAAUUUACUGGCCGGUCUCCUAAACUUGUAAAAUUUAAAUUGCUACCUUAGCAACAUUUAUAUUUAUACACCAAAACAAGUAAUGGUUCAUGUUUAGGGAAA